UUAGAAGUGGAGAAGAAAGCUACGGAAGAGAAAAUCGCGAGUUUAGAAAGUAGGAUCAAAGAGUUGGAGAAAGACCUUUUAUACACCCGAGCGGAAGUUCAAACAGCCACUCGACGUGGAAUAGAAGAACGUCAAAAAGCAUCAGAAUUCGCAAUCUCAUCUUUCGCUCGUUCAUUAUUAUCAACAGCGGAUGAUUUAUCAUUAGCAUUAUCUUCCGUUCCAGCUCCAACCUCAACAGAAGAGAACAAAUCUUUAUAUCAAUUAUAUAAAGGUGUUCAAUUAACUCAUAAAGCUUUAUGUGCGACUUUAGCUAGGAAUGGUGUUAAACCUUUUGAAAAGAUUUUAGGAGAGAAAUUUGAUCCUAAUUUACAUGAAGCUGUUUUUCAAAUACCUAAAGAAUCAGUACCGAUUUCUAAGGAAGAAAAGAGUGAAUGGGGACCAGGAGAGGUAUUUGACGUACAGAAAGAAGGAUGGAUGAUUGGGAAUAGAGUUUUGAGACCUGCUCAAGUUGGUGUUACUCAGAUGGAAUGA